UUUUUUUUCUUUUCUUUAUUAUUCAAAAUCUUCUUUUUAAAUUAAUAUCAUAUUAUUAUCAUGUUCCAUCGAUCAUUCAAGGUUCUUCAAAGAAGUCGAGUCCAAUGGACUAUGGGUGCUAUGGCUGUCACAGCAAGUGGUCUUUAUAUGGCAAACUAUGGUGAUAAGAACAAGGUUCAUGCUGAAUCCAAUCAAAAACUCUCCUUUUGGGAAUCUCUUCCUGGUGAAAAUCUCCCUGUAAAUGAAGGUCUUGCAAAAUUACGUGGUUUUGCUGCUGAACAACGGUUCCGUACUGCUUUGGCUCAACAUAAUGGAAAAACUGAUUUUGAUGUGGUGAUUGUUGGUGGUGGUAUCAUUGGUUUGGCAACUGCUCGUGAAUUAUUAAAACGUUUCCCUACUAUGACUGUAGCUGUAUUGGAAAAAGAACGUGAAGUGGCUGCUCAUCAAACUGGUCAUAACAGUGGUGUUAUCCAUGCUGGUAUCUAUUACAAACCUGGAUCUCAAAUGGCAAAAACUUGUGUCCGUGGAGCUGAUUUAAUGUAUGAAUACUGUAAACAAAAUCAAUUACCUGUGGAACGAUGUGGCAAGCUGAUUGUGGCUGUGAACGAAAAGGAACACAAGACCGUAGAAAAAUUAUUGGAAACUGGUACUCUUAAUGGUGUCAAAGACCUUCAAAUUUUGAAUAGUGAUGAGAUUCGUCAAUUAGAACCUAAUGUGGUUGCCUAUUCUGCACUAUAUUCUCCAAAUACUGGUAUUGUUGAUUAUGGUUUAGUGGCCCAAUGUAUUGCGAAUGAAAUUGUCCAAACUGGUCGAGCUGAAAUCAAGCUAGCCUUUGAAGCUCAAAAGUUUGAACAACGACCUGAUGGACGUGUGGAGAUCUGGGGUGCAGAACCUAAUCAAAAGGGUCCCACUCUCAAAGUAUCUGCCAAGAAUGUGAUCACUUGUCCUGGAUUCUAUGCUGACCGUGUUGCCGGACUUGCUGGAGGUGAUGCUGGUAAAUCCAAGGUGGUGACCUUCCGUGGAACCUAUUAUCAAUUGAAACCUGAAUAUCGAGGUAUCUGUCGUAUGAACAUCUAUCCAGUCCCAAGUGGUGGUGGUAUCCCUGUUGGUGUUCAUUUUACUCCUACUGUGAAUACUCGUCGUGGUAUUCAAAUGAUUGUUGGUCCUGGUGCUUGUUUGACUUUCUCAAGAGAAGGUUAUGGAUUCACUGAUAUUAGUUUCAGAGAUUUGUUUGAUUCUUUGACCAAUCUCAAUCUUUGGUUCUUUGCUUUGAAAAACCCUUCUUUAUCUAUUGGUGAAUUAUACAAGGAUUUGAACAAAAAGGCUUUCCUUCGUGCUGCUCAAGCUUAUGUUCCUGGAUUGACCGAAGAUAUGGUAGAAGAAAGUUUUGCUGGUGUGAUGUCUCAAGUCUUUGAAUCUGGUGGUAUUGCUGCUAGUGAUUUUAUUUUGGAACGUAAUGUGAUGGAUGGUCGUAUUCUCUGUGUACGCAAUGCUCCUACUCCUGCUUGUACUUCUUCUUUGGCUAUUGCUGAAAUGGUGGUGGAUGCUGCUACUGAAGACUUUUCUCUGAACAGUGAUAAGGAACCUGAAUCUAAGGUCGUUGCUCUUGCUGCUGCUGCCUAGUGAUUUUUUUUUUUGUUAUUAUUAUUAUUUCUUUUUUUUUAUAUUAUUAUUAUUAUUAUUACUCUGUCUCUUUUAGCAAUAGUCAUCUUCUCAUUAUCAAAAUCUGCACCUAUAUCUAUGUAAACACUUUUAUUUUUUAUUUUUU